AACCCAAACAGACCCUCUGUCUCUGUCUGUACGCGUUGAAGGCAUUGAAAUCGUCGACGUCGUGUCUCUGAGUCUCGAUUUAAGACAUCCGUGUCACUUACAAGUUACAACUACCCUCACAUUUCUUCAUUACAACACCACACUGGAGAGUUACUAGGUGGAUCUCCAUACAUAGUACGAGUGUACUCUCUAACAUCUAUUUCUCAUUCUAUUCAUACUCGCUGGAGCAUCCCGAUGAAUUUAAAUAUCUACAACAUGAACCGUGGACAAUUAACCCUGUUGGGAUCCACCAUAUGUGUGAUGCUUUCUGUGCUUUUUAGCAUAAAGCUUCUGUUAGCACAUCUCUCAAACUGGAAGAAGCCAAAGGAGCAGAAAGCUAUAGUUGUUAUCAUUCUGAUGGCUCCAAUCUAUGCGGUGGACUCCUACGUUGGUUUGUUGGACUUCCGUGGGUCUGAGGCUUUCUUUAUGUUAUUGGAUUCGAUCAAAGAAUGUUAUGAGGCAUUGGUGAUGGCCAAGUUCUUGGCUUUGUUAUAUACAUAUUUGAACAUAUCAAUAAGCAAAAGCAUAGUGCCGGACGAGGUUAAAGGACGAGAAAUCCACCACUCUUUUCCAAUGACUCUUUUUCAGCCUCACUCUGUCCGUCUGAACCAUAAAACACUUAAGCUGCUUAAGUACUGGACGUGGCAGUUUGUAGCAAUUCGACCUGUGUGCUCCAUAUUGAUGAUAGCUCUUCAACUUCUUGAUAUCUAUCCUGCUUGGAUCAGCUGGACAUUUACCAUCAUAUUAAACAUUUCAGUUUCAUUGGCAUUAUACUCCUUGGUACUUUUUUACCACGUCUUUGCUAAGGAGCUUGCACCACAUAAUCCACUUGCCAAGUUCUUGUGUGUAAAAGGGAUUGUCUUUUUCUGUUUCUGGCAGGGAAUUGUGCUUGAGAUGCUAGUUGCAGCGGGCAUAAUCCAGUCGCAUCAUAUCUGGCUUGAUGUUGUCCACAUACAGCAAGCAUAUCAAAAUAUACUGGUAAUAGUGGAAAUGGUUUUCUUCUCCAUCUUCCAGAUGUCUGCAUACAGUGCUGCACCUUAUGCAGGUAUGAAAGACAAGAAGACAGACUGAUCCAGAAACUAAAAAUAAAAUGAGAUAGUUGUGAAAGAUAAAUCCGAUUGCGGAUUUAGAAAAUAUAGAUUCAUUCGAACCUCAGUGUAUUGGUUAUCAUCAAACUUAGCAUACAUGUCUGUACAAUAUUUAUUGGUAAUAAAGUUUGGACACUGAAUUUUAUCCAUCAGAAGUGAGAAAGGACUCGGUAACAGUUCAAGUAUUCA